AUGCCACUUGAAACAUUCACGCUUUAUCCAACUCAAAAACAUAAUCGACCACCAGCACCAUCCAAAAUCUCACUCCAUGGCUUAGACCUUCUCAGUGCUCCAAUUCAAAUCCACAACCAUCGUUUUUAUCAUUGUCCAAAGGAUAACUCUAUAGCUGAGGUGAUCGACAAGCUGAAAGCGUCCUUAGCUGAAGCGCUUGAACUCUAUCCAACAGUGGCAGGCUUGGUGACCGUUGACGACAAGGGAGAUGCAUACAUUGCUACUACUGAUGUUCCUGGCACACCAUUCUUGAUCGAGAAAAGAGAUACACCUUUUGAUGGGAAGGAUUCUGAAGACCUGUCACCUCGCACUGAACAAAUUCUAGCACCUGGAUCAAGUAGUUUUGCUGUCAAAAUCACAGAGUUUUCUUGUGGUACCAUUGUCGUUGCCUCCUCAUUGCAUCAUCAAGUGGCUGAUCUACGUGGAUUCCUUGACUUUCUUGAAGUAUGGGCCAUGAUUGCUCGUGAUGAAGAUAUCAAUGAAUCAAGAUUACCGGAUGAUUGGACACGCACUCCAGGUCGAUUCUUUCAAGGAUUGAAUGAUGAUGAUGAUGACGAUGAUCAUUCAUCGCCACCGCCACCACCACCUUUUGGACUUCUUGAUACACCCGCCACGGGACCACCCGCUUACUUGCUUGUACCAUCCAAAGUAACACGAUGGGAAUUGACGCGUGAAUCCAUGGCUCAAAUGAAAAAGGACCUCUCGCCACCUCCACAGAGUGAUAGCUGGAUCUCGACAGGGGAUGCGUUAUCGGCAUUACUGAGUGGUGCUGUGGCACGAGCACGUGAACAAGCCAAGGUGCCUCGUCUAGAAGGUCGAUCGAGCGAAGCAUCAGGUGUAGAAAAGAUCGCCAUGGCAGCCGAUGGGCGUGAUCGGUGUCCUGAUCGCACCAUGGCAGGUGGAAAGUACUUUGGCAACUUUAACAAUCUGUGGAGCGUCUCCAUUCCAAGAACAGACUUGUUGACACCCACAAGUGAAGCAUCAGGUCGUGUUGCUCUUGCUGUACGUCAAGGUUUACAAGCUGCAUUGGCACCCAAAGCUGUCGCCGAUCGCAUUGCGUUCUUUGAGAAUCCAACAAACACGCAUCCUGCAGGUCGUAUCGUUUGGUCUGCUGAUAUCAUCUUGACAAAUUGGUGUCGUUUUGAUCUCAAGGGACCUGAGUUUGAUCUGGGUUGGGGCAAGCCCUUCAUGACAACGGAUGGUAGUGGAAGCGUUUUUCCUCCAGGAUAUAGCUUAAUGACCCAAGAUUAUGACUCUGGCAAUGUCGUCAUACUGCUGACGGUGGAACAUGAUGCUGUGGAAGCUCUCAAGUCAGAUCCAUUGCUCACUCGUUAUGCGACACCACUCGUCUAA